AUGGAGCAAUUCGGAGAGGAAAUAAGCCCACAAGGAAUACAUGACCCUGAUGAAAACUCAGCUGAAACCAAAGAUAAAGAUUCAAAGAAAGAUAAGAUGAACUCAACUCUAGCUGGGAAUUGCCCAAAACCAGUUUCAAAACGUUUGCAUUUUAUGUCCUUGUUCGGACCUGGACCGCCGACUGGAGAGUCUUUCACAUCGGUUCACUUAGUUUAUCUCAUAGUCUUCCUUGUUCUCAUUGCAUCGUCGUAUGUUUUAUUCCUUCCAGCGAUAAAAACCGUAUUAGCGGAGAGAUUCUUUUGUUUGUCUACCUCAAAUGAAACAUGGAUAAAGAACUGUCAGAUGAUGCUGCCAUACUCAUUUAUUUACAGAGUGUACUUCGCUUGCACGACCUUCUUUGCAGUUCUCUGUGUGUUGUUUCUUGCCUGCCCGACAAGCAGUUCUCUCCGGGACAGAUUUAAUUCGGGUUUCUGGAUUCCAAAACUUGCAUUUCUCAUCUUAUUAGUACUUUGCGCGUUGAUGAUUCCACGAGGUGGGUUUGGAUUGAUAUGCAUGUAUUUUGGAAUGGCAGGUUCUUUUCUUUACACUUUAAUACAGUUUGUAUUUCUCAUAGACGCAGGCAGGGGGUGGAAUGUAUUCCUUAUGGGCAAGACGCAGGAAUCAACACCGAAGUUCUGGCACUUCUUGCGGUUAUUAUCAGCAGGCUUAAUGUAUCUGGCAUCAGCGACUGUAGUUGUGUUUCUUUUUGUACUCUAUAGCAAGCAUGACAGUUGCAAGACAAAUGUGCUGUUGUUAACAGGGAUAGUUUCCCUCUGCUUGCUUUCCAUUUUGAUUUCAAUCACUUUGGACUCGUGGGCAGACCGUUUGUUGGAAACAAGUUUCGUGACAAUGUACGCAACAUACUCCACCUACUCAUCGAUAAGAUUUGGAGAGACUGAAUGCUCUGCAGAGAGAGAAUACGCGGUCAAAACUGGUACAGAGCCAGAUUUAAAUUUUUACACGAUAGUGAACGUGAUAAUAGCUUUCUCUUUGCUUGUUUUCGCGUGCUUGCGAAAGCCUCAAGUUCAUUACACCAAGUUUGGACGGUGUGUAGUCUCAAACGGCAAGACAUCACACACCACUGAAAUAAGCGAAAACUCUUCAGACGCUACAGGAGUUUACAACUCUUCGCUUGUGUAUUUCGUUUUCUCCCUGUUCCUGCUACACAAUAUGAUGACUAUUACGAACUGGUACAAUCCUAGAGAAAACAUUUAUGGCGAGUUCACUGCUAACUGGAUAGCACUGACAUUGAAGACAUUAAGCAGUCUUAUUGUAAUACUUCUGUACAUUUGGAAUCUAAUAGCAUCGAGUUUAUUUCCUGAACAAGACGUGAACUCUAUACAGGGAAUGCUGAAGUCAUUGGGUAUGUUCACAUGCAGAUCACUCUAUAUCUUGUUCAUUCAGCCAUGUCCAUCGUGGAACCAAUCAAAAUCGACUAGGUUUAUCUAUACUUUCUUCCUACUGGUGGGAACAGCAGCUUCGUCCGUCAUGUACCUUCCCGGGGUUCGUCGCGUACUGGAGAGUAACCCUUACUUUUGCAGCAAACUCACAAGGAUGGGCAACUGCCUGAGCAUGGACCCGGCUUAUUUGGCAGUGUAUAGGAUCUGUUUUUCCAUGGCGGCUUUCUUUCUGUUGUUUUCUGUCAUUCUUUAUUCAGUACGGACUUACAGCGAUCCGCGAGCUUUAAUUCACAACGGCCUUUGGAUAGUUAAAUUUGGCCUGUUUUUUGGUCUUGUCUUAUUCACAUUUUUCAUUCCUAUGGAAUUCAGCAGAGUUUGGAUGUACUUCGGGCUUGUUGGCACCUUUUUCUUCAUUGUCAUUCAACUAUUUUUGUUAGUGGACUUCACUCGUCUUUGGAAUAAGACAUGGGCUCGCAAAAUGGAAGAAUCUGGAAAUAAAUUCUGGUUUUACUCGGUCUUCAUUUCCACGUUAGCCUUGUACGUUCUUUCAGCAACAUCCAUCGUAUGUUUUUACGUAUUUUUCGCAGCUUCAAGGAAAUGCACCACCAACAAAAUGUUCGUGAGCAUAAACCUUGUCUUGUGCGCUGUAGCUGGCAUUAUAUCAAUCCACCCAAAGGUGCAAGACGGCGGUUUGUUACAGUCCUCUGUAGUGACAGCAUUUGCAAUGUACUUGACGUGGUCAGCAUUAUCGUACAACCCAAACGAGAAGUGUAACCCUGUCGCGACCUUCAUCUCUGAGGCAGACAUGAGACCAACUCUGAACAUCCAAGCUUCGCUAGACCUGUUAAUUCUGGUAAUUACCAUUAUAUAUUUCAGCGUACGGAUAUCAACGCUGACGGACACGCUACGGAAGCUAGGAGCAACGACAGUUAGGUUGAUCGUUGGACUUCGCCGUCGCAAAGUGAAAGACAGCGAAGAUUCGGACGCUGAGGGGGAGAAGAACACUUACGUAGCAACAGAUGAAACUAGCCAUCUUGCACAAUUUGAAUUAACAGAUGAAAAGGUUCCUUAUAGUUAUUCCUUCUUCCAUUUAGUGUAUUUUGUUGCCGCUCUUCAUGUCACCAUGGUGUUAACUAACUGGUAUUCGCCAAAAGAUGGCUCGAAUAUAAAGCUCUCCAUUGCCUGGGCUGUCAUGAGCAUAAAGAUGACUUCUAGCGCGAUGUGCCUUCUGCUUUAUAUUUGGAGUUUAGCGGUUCCAAUUUUACUCUACAAUAACAAACCUUGUUAA